CGCAUCGUGGCGGCAGCUCUUGCGCAACCUCGAGCACCACCAGUGCUCAGAAUUUCUGAUCGAUCACCCGGCACCAGCUGUACGCCAUCGUCGCGAUCAAUAACAAUAAAUCUAAGCACGUCUCACAACCACUCGGAGAGGCGAUUGGUGCAAUCGCAGGAUGCGUUCGGCAUUGGUUCAGCUCACAGCACUGGCAGCGUGCAGCCACGCCCUGCUCGCGCCGCAGCAGUCGCUGCGGCGUACCGCUGGAAGACAAGUAGCAUCGCUGCGCCGAACGAGUUGCAGGAAAGCAGCACCCUACUCCAACGAGCUGCGCGCCCUCGCCGGCGUCGCGGUUUCAGCAAAACUAGGCACGCGCGAGCCCUGCGCCGCGCUCGCGGCCGCCGCGGCGCUGGCGUCAAUCAAAGUGCUGCCGCGCGAGUCCAUUAUAUACGCCGGGGGCUGGACCGUUGUACUACCUCUCUCGCUCGCGCUGACGCUGAUCGGCCGCGAAUCAAAAGGAACAAAAGACGGCGUUGCAAUCAGACGCGUCGGCGCGGCCUUCGCGGCCGGCGCCUUGAGUUCCGUCGCCGGCGCUUUUGUAGCCGCGAAGCUGCUGCGUCCUACGCUCGGCGCCGCCUCCAAUCAAGGCGCCGCGGCGCUCGCCGCGUCGUAUGUCGGCGGCUCGGCGAACUUUUUUGUGGUGGCCGAGGCCGUCGGGCUCAAAAACAAUGGCCUGCUCGCGGCGCUCGCGACGGCGGACGUCGUGGUCAUGGCGGCAUAUAUUGUCCUGCUGCAGUUUCUCGCAUCAAAAUACGGCGCGCCCCGACCUGAGACAGCCACCGUGUCGAAGACCGAAGACGCUGGCUCGCCCGUCGUCCCAUUAUUCCUCGGCGCUUGCUGCGUCGCCGCCGCGGCUCCCCUAAAACCGUCCCUCCGGACCGCGGCCAUCGCUGUGUCUGCCGUCGCGUGCCGCUGGUUCACACGAGCGCGCGGCGCGGCGCGGCGCAUGGCGGGCUGGUGCCUCGCGGCCUUCUACGCCUGCCUGGGGGCCUGCUCGCCCGUCUCGGCGGUGGUUAAGGCCGGCGCGCCCGCGGUCGGCCUCGCGGUCGCCGCACUGGCCGGCCACGCAUUGUUGCUAGCGGCGUGCACCCUGAAGGGGCCCUGGACCGUCGACGAGGCACUCGUCGCGUCGAACGCGUGC